AUGUACACUAUCCUCGCCAUAUCACUGGCUGUGCUUGUAGCCUGGUGUCUCCGAGGCCAGCGCUCACCCAUCCGUCGCCAUGGAAAGCGUUUGCCUAGACCACCUGGAACGCUGCCUUUGGCUGGCAAUGGCAUCUGGUUUCUCCAGCCGAGGCAUAAGCUACUCGAUUGGUUCUCCGAUUGUGAAAGGCAAACUGGAUUUAGCACUUAUGAAAUUUCGGUUCCUUCACUCCCACCAGGCGUCGUGAUAAAUGACCCUGCCAAUGUUGAGCAUGUACUUAAGAACAACGACCUGUUUAUCAAAGGUGACUUCUUUCGUUCGCGGUCAUGGGACCUAUUUGGGCAUGGCAUUAUCAAUGCAGAUGGGGAGCUGUGGAAGAUUCAGCGCAAGGCAGGUCUGCGUUUCUUCAGCAAUGCAAACCUCAAGCUAUUCAUUGACGACAUCCUCCCUUCUCUUCUGAAUGAUACGAGAGAUUUUCUAUAUCAUGCUGCGUCGUCAGGCGACAAGGUGGAUCUUCAGGCCGUCUUCCAUGAAUUGACUACCCGUUUAAUGGGUAACGUGGCUUAUGAUAUGGACAUGCCAACGUCUUUACCCUUUUCCAAAGCAUUUGAUUUUGCCUCUGGAGCCAUUGGAGAUCGUUUUCAGAAUCCAUUUUGGAAAGUCAAAGAGAUCAUUUGGGGUGCACCGUUACAGCGCGCCGUCGCCCAGGUGAAGAGAUUUGGGGAUGCCAUCGUCUCCACCGCAAUCGAGAAAAGGGCAAAUGUUAGACCUAGAGUCGCAGGCCAUGGAAGAUCAGGAACAGACAUGCUGCAAAGCCACCUAAUUGACUCGUUACUGGACCACAUCGAAGACCGUGCUGUGGUUGCUGACGCAGCAAUGAACUAUCUAUCUGCCGCCCAGUCGCUGACAUGGGCUUUUUACCUUCUAAUGCGAUCUCCCAGUGUCGCUGAAAAGGUUGUAGCUGAACUUCAACUUAGCAGCUGCUAUGUUGAGGAGAAUUUGCGUCUUGAUUUCAAUACUGUUCAGCCUCAAGGUCUCCCAUACACUAUGGCUGUAUUCAACGAGACAUUGCGGCUUUACCCUCCCGUGCCGGUGGAGCUCAAGGAGUGUACGGCAGAUACGACCUUUCCUGACGGCACAUGGCUACCACAAGGAUCAAUCGCGAUAUGGGCACCAUGGUCGAUUGGCCGCUCACAGCAAACAUGGGGCCAAGAUGCUGACAAAUUUCGCCCUGAGCGAUGGUUGACUCAGGACAAAGACGGAGAGACAAUCUUGAUCGUGAAGACUGCGUUUGAAUUCCCUGUUUUCAAUGGCGGUCCAAGAUCUUGCCUUGGGAAGCGAAUGGCCGAGCUCCUCGCAGUCUAUGUGGUUGCAGACCUUUCGUAUCAUUUUAAAUUUUGCGAAGAUCAAUAUCGAAGCACACGAACGAAGAGAAGUCAGAACAGCUUGACUUUGCCCAUGGAAGGAGGCCUUCUAGUCUGCAACUUUUGGUUAGCAUAUUUGAUUCAAAGUCCCGUGAAGUCGCUCCUAUCUGAGGUUUGUGCUACUAGUGGCCUUGCCACUUCCAUCGAAGUCAUGAGUACCGGAUCCGGUGGUAUGGAAAUGCUACAAGCAAUUAUUGAUACGACUCUCGAGCAAUACAAGUCGGAUGUUCGCACCGAAAUGAAUGCGAAACUUGGGCAGUAUGCUACGAUAGACGGAGUAAGGGACACCAUAAAGCUUUCGAUGGAAACGGAAUGGAAUAAUCGCUCCAAGGACGCUAUAAGGCGUUCGAUGGAAGAGGAGCGGCCGUCUCAUUUUGAUCGGCUUCAACGUCAGAUAAUCAGCGAUCUUGACAAAGAUGCGAGGCAGAGACAGGAGUACUUUGAGCGUGUGAAACAUGUCCCGAAUGAAUUGACUACGUUGCGUAUCUACACAACCCGCUUCGAACGCCAAUUCGAGACGUUUCGUAAUGAAAGCGCUCAAAAUCUUGCGAAUGAGAUCAGGGAUGUGAGGGCAACUAUCGUUGGCAUGCUAGCGCUCAAUCAGAGUCUAGACAGCAAGGAUAAACAGAAUCUAGACGAUCUUCUCAGAGGGGGCCUCGAGGAGCACAAUCAACAGCCACCUAAAGGAAAGAAGGACCUAGGAGGAACUCGCACAUCACAGCCCGUUGCUGAGCAAGGUGUUGGUUGUGUCACUGAGUCCUCGAAGGCAGGACUGUCGAAAAAAACUGAUCAAGAAGCUCUACAAUCCUCUGGGAGCCCUUUAGAUUACAAGACGUCUGAGAAACAAAAGCAUCACAGAUCGCAACAGCAAGAAAUAGUCAUUCCAAAAGAUUCUCACAAUUCUGCAACCGGAGACAUCUCAGCCUCACAGGACGACAAUGAAGCCCAACGGCAAGACUCGAUAAGCUCGCAGCAGAGCAGCGUAACUCUCCAGCAAGACACGGCAGCUUCACAGGACGACAACGCAGCCCAACAGCAAGACCCGGGAACUUCACAACAUGACGUAAGCGACCAGCAAGCCUCGACAAGCUCACACGUCGAGGAUACUUUGGAGCAGAAUAAACCGACAAGCUCACAAGCCAAAGAUGGACCGGAGCAGCAAGAGCCAAGAACAGCACCAACGGGCGAUGUAACAGGCGCAAAAGACCUAGAAGGCUUAGCCGAGGAAGACGAAGGAAUAUCCAGCGACUGGUUUGACACCACACUAGAUUUCUGA